AUGUCAUCGAUUGAAGAGUCUCUCCAAAAACAGAUUAAUGAGUUGAUGAACACAGUAAAGCAACUCCAAUUUAACCUUGAGACAGAGAUGAAAGAACUUAAAGCUGACUACUACAAAGAUCAAUUUCAGAUGAAUAAGAUUCUCACUGAUCACUCAGAGUCUUUGCGUACAUUGGAAUCCGAGAGUAGAAAUCAAUCAAGCUAUAUUGAUGACAUGUACUACUCUAUGGAUAAGAUCAAAGGUGUCCUUCGUGAAAAAGGAAUCAUGGAACAAACAGGAUGGACAACUCCUAAGCCAUGGAAAGAAAAAAAGAAUGAAUAA